UGGAAUAGUUACGACAAUUAGUUUAAUUUGCAAAGCUCGUAUAAUGACGCAGAUCGAUGUCGAUCCAUACUGAUUCAAUUAUGGCGAGAUACACGCAACCUCCCUUUCUUAGCAUCAAAGCUCCUCACCCUCUCACCUCACCUGCUCCACUUCGUCUUCCUCCUCCUCCUCGCGCUAGCUCGAUCGAUCGCCCGCCAUGUCGUCCAAGAAGAUCGUGAUCAAGGUGGACUUCGUCCGGGCCAAGUGCAAGGCCGUCGCCAUGACCGUGGUGGCCAAGAUCCCAGGGGUGAAGUCGCUGGCGGCGGACGAUGAGAAGGGGACGAUGACGGUGGUGGGGGAGGUGGACGUGGUGCAGGUGGUGGGCGAGCUCCGCAAGGCCAAGUUCGCGGCGGAGGUCGUCAGCGUCGAGCCGGAGAAGAAGCCCGAGGCGCCCAAGAAGCCCGACGACCCUCCCAAGAAGCCCGACCCGCCGCCGCCCUGCCCACCGCCGCCGCCGCCGUGCUGCCCCGGCUGCAACUCCUGCCGCCCCGCCUGCCAGUGCGCCGCCGCCCCCGGCGGCGGCGUCGUCCUCUACGAGGUGGAGGCCGAUGGCUACGGCUGCAUCAUCGCCUGAUUUUUUUUUCUCCUUCUCUGAUUAAUUAAUUAAUUACUACUACUCGACCAUUGGGACCAUUUUCUCUUCUUUUUCUUUUUGAAAUUAAAUUAAGAUUAAGCUUCUUGGUUAUAUAUAUAUAUAAAAUAUACAUAUAGUCAGAUUGUCAAGAUGUAGACUUUCUUGUACAUUUCGCUAGAAAAAAAAGUGAUAAUUAAGGGGGGAAAUGUCUACGUACCUACCAAUGGUAUGGGUGUUUUUCUUCAGUGUUGAUUUUUUUAAUUAAUUAUUAUGUACUUGCAUGCAUGACACUAAACACCCAUCCAGGUAGCUAGUAUCAAAUGUAUUAUAAUUCACAUUGUAGUAUUGUACAAAAAAAAAUCAGAAAUAAUGUUAUGGUUCAUGAUGGGCGA